AUGGCAAUGAUCGUGAAAUCAUCUACUGCUCCUCCUUCCAGUUUUGCAUCAGACCUGCCACCUGUCGCGUCGAACGCGGCGGCGCCCACAGCCGCAACACCACAAUGCAUGAAACCCGCCAACCUUAGAAUACCCUCAGUGCGUCUGGAGACGCCGUCGAUUACGCACAAGAUGGCGGCGACACUCGCUAGCUCGCUCCUUGGCCACGUUUUGUUCCUCAAGGGACAGGUUCCUUUCCCUGUCGUCCAACUCGCACGCAUGCCCGGCGGGCAGUCUAACUCGCGCGGGGCGCGCCGACGCCACGACCUCCUCGUCGCGUUCGACACGCUCUCGUCCCACCUGCAGACAACGUUCUCCGCACUCUCUGCUGCACUUGCGUUGCGGCGAGCCGGGGCGCCUUCAGAUGCGAGCGCGCACCUCGCAUUCGUGGUGGGGCCGAGUGUGGGUGCUGCCCGCGCACGCGUCAUGUUCAUCGUAGACGGGCUGGAAGUGCGCCCAUGGGGUGAGCGAGACGCGGGCCCAAAUGUUUUUACCGGAACCCGCGGGGAGGAUGUGGAGAGUGAAGAAGACACAGAUGAGGAAAGUGGUGAAGAUGAGAGCGAAGACGACGAAACGGACGAGGAAAGCAACGACGACAGUGAAAAGGAAGAAAGCGAGAGCGAAGGAGACAACUCCGAUGAUGCUCAGAGUGUAUAUUUCUCGGAGGAUGAAUCAGAGCCACCACCCUCGCGCACGCCAUCACCCUCCCCAUUGUCUUCCAAAGAUGUCUCUCGACCGCCUUCUCCUUCACUGUGCCACUCAGUAACAGCCCUACCUCCAACAAACAGUGCGAUGUCUCAUACAUCAAUGCAAAACACAUACCCACAGCCUCAGACCUAUGCAGAGGAGCAACAGACAUUGCGCGCUGCGGAACGACUGCUAUCGCGCACGCUCGCCAACGCAUGCGCCGAAGAGGGCGGAGGAAUGUCUGCCGAACUUGCCCCGACUCAAACGCAUAUUCUUCUUCGCGCGCCACGAUGCUUCAAGCACCCAGCGUGGAUCCCGCGUCAGAACCUGACGCGGUCGUUGGAGGGCGUAUUGCAGGCGUUCCUUGAGGAAUCAGGAUGCGCGGAGAGAUCGCCGAAGGGCAAGACAAAGGCCAUCCGUGGCAUCAAGACCGAAGGUGUGUACGUCGGGUGUCGAGGCUCCGCCGCGGCGCCAGCCAGCGAGGACAAAGAAGAUCAAGGGGAGGAAGAGGAUGAGAUGAUCUGGUGGGUGUGGGAUGGGAAGAUUACGGGCUUCUCCGACUGGUGA